UAGUGAAAGCAUUGCAAAACCCCAGUGAAGGGAGGGUUUUUGAGGCAGUGGCAGUGCAAUCAUCAUUUGAGUUCUAAACCAAUAUGAAAUUGGAACCCUUUUCUCUCUGAAACCCUUCAAUUUGAUGUUCCCUCCCAAUCCCUUCGCCAAGGGACUCGAUUCUCUUCACAACCCUCUCAUUUCUCACUCAGCCAUUUCCUCGAACAUGUGGCGCCACGCCGCCAAACAUGCUUGCUGCUGCAUUCGCCAAACCCUCCACCCUCCCAGACUCCCCUCUCUCUCCGUUUUCUCCCCCAAGACCCACGUUUUCCCCGACGUGGCUAACCAAAGAAACUGUAUUGGCCACGCCGAGUUUCGGUUCCAAUUCGGCGUUAGAGGGUACAGCGGCGUUGCUGAGGCGGUUUCUUCCACCGACGUGGAGGAAGAUGUUGCCGCGGUUGAUGAAAUUCAGGAGCUGUUGUUGCAGGAGAUGAAGAAGGAGGUGGUUGGUUACAGGUGGAAGAAUGAGGGGCAGACAAGGUACCAGGAGCUGAGGAGAAGGCAAGUUAAGAUUGAGACUGAAGUGUGGGAAGAGGCGGCGAAGGAGUACAGGGAGCUUCUGAUGGACAUGUGUGAGCAGAAGCUGGCUCCCAAUUUGCCCUACAUGAAGUCCCUCUUUCUUGGCUGGUUUGAGCCUCUCAGGGAUGCCAUUGCCAAGGAACAGGAGAUGUAUGCUGCGGGGAAGAAUAAGACGGCCUAUGCGGCGCACUUUGUUCAGUUGCCGCCGGAUAAGAUGGCGGUUAUCGCCAUGCAUAAGUUGAUGGGGCUGUUGAUGACUGGAAAUGAGCGUGCCACCAUUGGCACUGCCAGGGUUGUGCAGGCUGCGUGUGGCAUUGGUGACGCCAUUGAAAAUGAGGUUAGAAUACACAAGUUUUUGGAGAAAACUCAGAAGAGAAAGGCUGAUAAAAAGAAUAAAAAGGAAUCAGAUGAGUCUGUUGCUGGUAUCAAAGAGGAACAAAAGCUGCGAAAAAAAGUCAUUGAUUUGAUGAAGAAGCAAAAGCUAGUCGCAGUGAGGGGGAUAAUGAAGAGCCAUGAUGAUACAAAACCAUGGGGAACAGUCAUAAAGACAAAGGUAGGGAGCCGUUUGAUUGAGCUCCUGAUGCAGACAGCAUAUAUACAACCACCAUCAGAUCAAUUACUGGAUGCUGCACCUGAUAUCCGACCUGCAUUUGUUCAUUCAUUUAAAACAGUGACAAAGGACUCCAUUAAAACAAGCAGAAGAUUUGGUAUUAUUCAAUGUGACCCUCUAAUUCUUAAAGGACUUGAUAGAACUGCAAAAAAUAUGGUCAUUCCUUAUAUGCCUAUGUUGGUUCCACCAGUCAACUGGACAGGUUAUGACAAAGGUGGACACUUGUUUUUACCCUCUUAUGUCAUGCGUACUCAUGGUGUCAGGCAACAACGUGAAGCUGUUAAGAGGGCCCCUAGGAAGCAAUUAGAGCCAGUAUUUGAGGCUCUGGAUACUCUUGGGCAUACAAAAUGGAGGAUAAAUAAGAAGGUACUGAGUGUUGUAGACAGGAUAUGGGCUAGUGGGGGCCGUCUUGCUGAUUUGGUGGACCGUGAUGAUGUUCCUUUACCUGACGAGCCGGACACUGAUAAUGAAGCAGAGAUAAAGAAAUGGAAGUGGAAAGUCAAAUCUGCGCAGAAAGAGAACAGAGAGAGAUAUUCACAACGUUGUGACAUAGAACUUAAACUUGCUGUAGCUCGAAAAAUGAAGGAUGAAGAGGGAUUUUACUACCCACACAACCUUGAUUUCCGAGGGCGUGCAUAUCCCAUGCACCCACACUUAAAUCACCUUGGUUCAGAUUUAUGCCGUGGUAUAUUGGAAUUUGCAAAUGGACGCCCUCUUGGAAAGUCUGGUCUACAGUGGCUGAAGAUACACUUAGCAAAUCUAUAUGCUGGUGGUGUUGAUAAACUAUCCCUUGAGGGCCGUUUAGCGUUCACUGAAAAUCAUUUUGGAGAUAUAUUUGAUUCUGCAGACAAACCUCUUGAAGGGAGGCGGUGGUGGUUGAAAGCAGAAGAUCCAUUGCAAUGCUUAGCUGCAUGCAUAACUCUAACUGAAGCUUUAAGAAGCUCUUCACCAGAAACAUUCAUCUCACAUAUUCCAGUACAUCAGGAUGGCUCCUGCAAUGGUUUACAACAUUAUGCUGCCUUGGGGAGAGACAAGUUAGGGGCUGUUGCUGUCAAUCUAGUUGCUGGAGAGAAGCCAGCAGAUGUUUACUCAGGAAUAGCAGCUAGAGUAUCAAACAUGAUGCAAAGGGAUGCUCAGAAAGAUCCUGCAAUUUUUCCAGAUGCUCUUCAUGCAAGGACUCUAGUUAAUCAGGUGGAUAGAAAAUUGGUUAAACAGACAGUGAUGACAUCAGUGUAUGGUGUCACUUAUAUUGGUGCACGGGAGCAGAUUAAGAGGAGAUUAAAAGAAAGGAAUGCCAUUUCAGAUGAUACUGAGCUCUUUGGUGCUUCUUGUUAUGCUGCAAAGGUCACCUUAACUGCCUUAGAGGAGAUGUUUCAAGGUGCACGAGGUAUCAUGCACUGGCUUGGUGACUGUGCAAAAAUAAUUGCAUCUGAAAAUCAACCAGUGCGCUGGAUCACUCCUCUUGGACUUCCUGUGGUGCAACCUUACCAUAAACUGGGAAAGCAUAUCAUCAAAACUUCACUUCAAAUGUUGACAUUGCAACGAGAAACAGAUAAGGUCAUGGUCACGAGGCAGAGAACAGCAUUUCCGCCAAAUUUUGUUCAUUCACUUGAUGGUUCUCAUAUGAUGAUGACUGCAGUUGCCUGCAAAAGAGAAGGCUUGAAUUUUGCUGGGGUUCAUGAUUCAUAUUGGACGCAUGCAUGCGAUGUGGAUAAAAUGAACAGAAUACUGAGAGAGAAGUUUGUAGAACUCUACGAGACCCCAGUACUAGAAAAUUUACUGGAGAGCUUUCAGAGGUCUUUCCCAUCAUUAUCAUUUCCACCCUUGCCUGAACGGGGAGACUUUGACUUGAGGGAUGUUUUAGAGUCACCAUAUUUCUUCAACUGAUCCCCAUCUGCUGCCUUUUUGUAAGGCUUGGAAUCUGUCUUUUCGGGCUUACUGACAACAUCUCGUAUUAUGUGUCUGAGAGCAUGACAAGGACCUCUUCUGAAAGUACUCAUUAUAGAGGCUAUUCCAAUGGCUGUAUAUACCUUCAUAGACAUCCAGAGCCUUGAGGAGGACCUUUGUGGUGUGAUAGGGAAUUCACCUGUUACCCAACUUGGUUGCUGAUGAACGGAUGAAUAAAGAUUUUGAGGGUGUACACAUAUUAUACGAGACAGAAAGCUUUUGAAGCUGGUGCAGCAUUCAGGAGGCUUGGGAAAGCCAAAGGGUUAAAAUUUGCAUUUCGGACACUGAAGUAUGCAAAAUGAAUUUCAUUUAUUAAUUUUAAGGGUCUGGAGAAUCAUUAACAAUGAGUGGCAAAUCUGUGACAUAGUUCAGCUCCCAAGUCACCCUGCAAAUUAUGGUAUGGAUAGCUACAAACCAUCUUAAAAUCCAGAGAAUUCUACACUGUUCAUUCACAUUGUACAAGUUUUUCUUUUGUAAAUAUGAAGAAACGCUUGUUUGAAAUAAUGUACCUACAUGAUUUAUAGUGUACAUGUAUUAACUUAUACAAUUUCAGUGACUGCAAUCAGUGGCAUAUGGGUUAAAAGCACAAGAUGGUUAAUGUUGACAAA